UUUGACCUAUGAAGGAUCCGUAAAAUCUCGCGAUACUCCCCUCUCGCUGGAAAGCUGUCAUGGCUGCGCCUAUAUAGACCACGGGGUUCUGACCUCAGCGGUUCUUCUUGUCCCAGUCCCUAUUCUUAAAGUCCGGGUUUGCCGUUGCUAAAUCUUCAUGUUAAAAAGGAUCCGUCAACGUUAAAACUUUUUCAUUGAAGGCAUCUCCAAAGCAAUGGAAAACAACGGCAUUUCUUCUCUUUCACUCCUUCUUGAAGUGGUAUUGCAUUGGAGACUACUUCAAAGUGACUUGAAAGUGUUUGAGUGGCUAGCACAAUGAAUAACAGAGCAGGUGCCAUUUUAUGGAACCUCAGACAAUUCAGUACUUUAGUUCCUACAAGCAGAACGAUAAGGCUGUAUCCUUUGGGAUUUUCCAGAUCAAAAGUUGUUUAUUCAAACUGGAACCCAAGAAACCUUCUUUUAAGUGACUUUGGUAAUGGAGUGCAGUCAUCUGUUAGGCAUCUAUUUCAGGAUGCCUUAAUUUUUAAAUCAGGAGAUAAUUUUCAAACAAAGGGAGUAGGCACUGAAACAGUCCUUACAGUCGACGGACCGCUUUGUCCUAGAAGACUGUCAUUUGAUUCAAAACACUCUCUUGACCCUGAUAAUGCAUUGAAGAAGGCAGCAUUUCAUCAUAAGGCCUCCAGUGAAGAUGUGCUCACCAAGGAAACAAAACCAACCCCUGUCAACAAUAAAAAACUGUCUGAGGAGUGUAGUUCUUUGAGUGAUGUGUUAGAUAAAUUUUCAGAACGACCUACAUUUCCCAGUAGUAACUAUUUUUCAGCAAUGUGGAUAAUUGCUAAACGGAUGUCUGAUGACCAGAAGCGUGUUGAAAAGCAACUAAUGGUUAACCACCCUGCAUUUAAUCAGCUGUGUGAACAAAUGAUGAGAGAAUCCAAGAUCAUGCAUUAUGACCACCUGCUGUUCAGUCUUCAUGCUAUGGUGAAGCUUGGAAUUCCUCAGAACACUCUGCUAGUACAGACUUUGCUGAGAGUGGUCCAGGAACGUAUCAAUGAGUGUGAUGAGAAAUGUCUUUCAGUCUUGUCAGCUAUUUUAGAGGCAAUGGAGCCAUGUAAGAAUGUGGACGUUCUUCGAGCAGGUUUGCGGAUACUAGCUGAUCAGCGAGUCUGGAAAAUAAAACGUGUCUUUACAUUACAAGCUCUGAUAAGAUGUGUUGGAAAAGAUGCACCAAUUGCUCUUAAAAGGAAACUGGAGAUGAAAGCCUUGAGAGAAUUAGACAGAUUUUCUGAUUUGAAUAGCCAGCACAUGUUUGAAGCAUUAGCUGCCAUGAAUCACCGCUCUGUUGUUCUCCUGGAUGAAUGCAGUAAGAUGGUCAUAGGUAAUAUCCAUGGGUGUCCUUUUAAAGUACUCAUCAACAUAUUGCAGUCUUGCAGAGACCUCCGGUACCAUAAUUUAGAUCUUUUUAAGGGAAUAGCAGAUUAUGUGGCUACGACUAUUGACAUCUGGAAGUUAAAGCAAGUUAUCUUUCUCCUCAUUUUAUUUGAAAACCUUGGCUUUCGACACACUGAUCUGAUGGACGUGUUCAUGAAGAAAGUGAUAGCUGAUCCUGCGUCUUUAAACAUGAAAAGCAUUAUCAGUAUUCUUCAUGUGUAUUCUUCUCUCAAUCACUUCUACAAAUGCCAGACCUCAGAGUUCCAAGAAGUUAUGGCUAAUUCUCUGACUGGUUAUCUUCACAACAUCUCUUCUGAAAAUCUAUUGAAUGCUGUGUGUUCAUUUUGCUUGAUGAACCAUUUCCCCAUGGCCCUUAUUAAUCCACUUCUCCAAAAGGAUGUCAUCAAGGAGCUGCUGAUACCAGGUGAUGAGAGCAAUGCUCACAAGCUUCGUAUUUUGGCUGCUUGCCUAAAACUGGAUGUUCCUUGUCACAAGGCCAUAGACUUCGACCUGCCACCACGGUCAUCCACGACAUUAUAUCAAAAUGUGAAGGUGGCAGACGCACUAAGUAGCCUUCUGGGAGAAGGAUACUUCUCAAAAGACAUACAGUUGCCACACAAUUAUCAUAUUGAUUUUGAAGUCAGGAUGGAUAUUAACAGGAGUCAAGUGCUUCCAUUUUCCGACGCGGUAACUUCUGCAGAUACUCAAAGAGUAGCUGUACUGUGUGUUCCUAGAUCUACUUACUGUUUGGAUUUAGCCCAUCCCAGAGGAUUCCUUGCUAUGAAAUUGCGACAUUUGAAAAUAAUGGGUUUUCACAUAAUCUUGGUCCAUAAUUGGGAGGUGGAAAGGCUGGAGAAGAAGGAUGUAAUCACAUUUUUGAAGACCAAACUCUACUCAACUGAAGCCUUUCUUACUGCUGAUGUAAAUCUGCAAAGCACGUGUUAAAGUCAAAGCAGCCUUUUCGUAGUAGCAGACAUAAGUUUGUAAUAGAAUUUUAAUAAAGACUACAAUUCAGUUGUCAAUGGAAUUCACCUGACUGCUCAACAUAGCAGAACGUGACGCUUCAGUUCACCAUUAAAAUCAGUUUUAAGAGUGGAAGAAAUGUUCUUGGCAUUUUCGAAGGUGACCCCAGAAGGGUCACUUUUCCAACCAUACCUAUUCUUUCUAGGUCCCAGAUAUUUGACAGAUUCGUGGGCUGUAGGUUUUACUUUUGCUUUUUAGCUUUCAUGCAUUAAACACUGGUUCCUUAGUUGUGAUGGGCUGCGGCUGAGGUGGUUGGGCAGGUCUUGUGUUCAAAAUCUGUACAUCUGCAGUCUUGCUAUAAGCGGUUCUGGGACUCGGGCAUUGACCACGUUUUUCAGUGUUGACCACGUGGCAGUUUAGCCGAGUGCUCGAACUGCAGCAUGUGUGAGAAGAAAUGGAAGUAGCAUGUGCAGAAUGGGUGCGGGUCGGGCGUCUGCAUUCGCAACAGGCACUUGAGAUGGAAGUGGUUCGUGGGCCACGCUGAGAGAUGCACAGACGAGACCGUGCAGAGAUGUCAAGGAGGCCAAAUUUAUUAGGCUUUGGAUUGCUAACAUCACUUUUGCCAUUGCUGAGAUCAUUCCUUUCCCUCCUUUCCCCUUUCCAUUUCCCACCAUUUCAUGAAGUCUUUUAGCUUAAAUAUAUAGCUGAACUAUGUGAUGAAUCAGACCUGAGGACUGUUUUUCAAUUGUUUGUUAAUUCUUUUAUUGAAAUAUUUGUUCAGAUCUGCGGUAUAGCUGUCUACCUAGUGUUUGACUCACUGUGGACACAGUGAGUUUCGCUUAUGAAUCCUGAGCGCCAUAUUAAGUUGGUAUGAUUUUACCUCCUUGCAAGAGACUGGAUGUGUAUGUCCCCACCUCUGAAUUCAUAUGUUGAAACCUAAGCCCCAUGUGAUGGUAUUUGAGGUAGAGCAUUGGGGGGUGAUUAGUCCAUGAAGGUGGAGCCCUCAUGAAAUGUAUUACUCCUCUUAUAAAAGACCCCAGGGAACUCCCUUGUUGCUUCUACCA